CCUGCGCAGCCUGUUAUCGGUGAAAACUUCACAAUGAUGUGCAUCUUCUCGUCUCUACAUGGUGAUAAGAGAGUAAGAUGGAAACGUGAGGAAACUUUCGUUGCGUAUGAACACUGCAACACCACUACGAAACAGUGUCAACCUGUUGUGCUUAAUCCAACAAAGUACAUUUUCACGGUAGAUGACCACAGCUCAUCGCUUACUAUAUUCAAUUUGACUACAUUUGACAAUGGACAAUAUAAUUGUAUCGUAUUAACUUUGACGACAGCCCUUUCAUCUAAUACGACAUUAACAGUUCUAAAUGCAGUAUCACCAAAUGCGGUCAUCAUCGUCGAUAGUCUGAAUCAAGUCGAAUAUCAAGACAACCAAACCGUUUUGAUGACAGCCAGCGAACAGCUCAACGUCACAUGCACAGUGAGUGAGGCACGUCCGCCGGCUCUUAUUGAAUGGAACACCGAUGUUGAACGUAUCCAGGUCAUGGAUCAAAUCAAUGUUGUUCAAGGCCAAAGCUACGUAUCUCAAAGGGUAGCAACCAUUACUCCUUCUAAAGAUGAUCAUAACAAAUUACUUCGUUGUCAGGCAUUUCAUCGUGAUCUCCAAAAUGUACUUCAGUCAACCUUCUCUCUUUACAUUCAAGUCCUGCCAAGAAAGUUACAGCUUACAUCUUCGCAAACCAUAACAAACCAAACUGGAACGAACACUCUCAUCGUUUUUGAAAAUGUUCCAGUAAUCAUUUCCUGUCAGUAUUUUGAAUCUCGUCCUCCUGUUGCACUCUCCUGGGAACUUGGACCUACAACGUUUUCUGUUGGUAUCACAUUUACCAGUAGACCAAACAACAUUGACAACAGAUUAACUGAUGGAGAGAGUAGUUUGCGGAUAACACCCCAAAGAAGGGAUCAUUUCAAAUUUCUGAGAUGUUCGACACCUGCCGGGGAAUGGCAGAUUCAUGAACAAGUGAGAAUCGUUGUUUAUGGUCCACCAGACCCUCCAGAAAUACUCAAUAUUACAAGCCUACCAGGCGGGAUCCCCACUUCAGUCACUUGCAUCGCAAACAACGGGUAUCCAGCUCCUGUAUUUCAAUGGAAUCUGGGAGCGACUGAUCUGACAAACGAAUCAGGGACAGAAGAGCUCACAAAUGACAACCAUAGAGUUAUGGCACGAAGCGAGCUUACUUUCAUUCCUAAUAAGAAAGACCAUGGCCGAUAUCUUACCUGCCGGGUACAUCAUCUUGAAACCCCGGAUGGAUGGUCGAGGAGCACACGGAUUAAGAUCACCAUCACAUAUCCUCCAACCAUCGUGGACCUAUCGAUUCGCCGAUCAUCAUCAGAUGAUGGCAACAUUACUGUACUAUUCUCCUGUCGGGUAGAUGCGAGACCAAAGGCAUAUUUCAUCCACUGGGUUUUCAAUGGAUCCAGAGUGGAGAAUACUUCCGGUGUCACAAUCAAUCAAAUUGACCUACCAGAAAGAGAAACACUUAGAACAAGCACACUGAUGAUAACGAAUCCAAAAGAGUUCAAUGAAGGAGAGUAUUUAUGUGAGGCCACGACACCACUUGGUAGCGACAGUGAUGCUCUCAUUUUAAACUUGUCCAUCCCAGAUCCACCUUCUCGGCUCAUCGUCGACAAAAACCAGACGACAUCUUCAACUCUCUUUGUUGCCUGGCAACCAGUGUUCGAUGGUGGGUAUCAACAGACGUUCAAUCUGGAAUACUGUCCAAACAACACAGCGGCGAAGGAGGAAGAAUGUGGUGUUAUCACCAACCUGACACAACCACCCUUUACACUGGAUGGACUGAAAGCGUUCACAUGGUACCGGUUGGCACUGUGGGCAGAGAACAGAGCAGGGAACAGUAGCACUGUGACUGCAAUGGCUUCAACAGCUCCACUGCAGCCAGAGAACUAUGGCGUAAGCAUUACUCGAGUCGGGGUGGGACAAGUACUUCAUAUACAGAAAGCAAAUCAGUCGUUGGGUGAAGUUUGUUUUGUUUUGAAGUCCUCCAAUGAGAGCUGUGCUCUCCUGGAUAAAUCAAAGUGCAUUUACCCCACGAAAGGCAUUAAAGAGGUCAGCGUUGACGCGGUUGAUGAUGUUGUUGUGACCUACGGAAGAGGGUUAUGCAGUGAACCAGCUAAUAUAUAUAUAGAUCAACCUGGUCCGACAGUUCCAUCAAGUGAUCAAGGAACUCCUUACAUGAUAAUUGCUAUUGGUGUGAUUGCUUCAAUCAGCGUCAUCAUAGUAAUCUCACUUGGUCUCACGUACUUUUAUGGAUUGAUGUGCUGUACCAAACGGAAAAAAGUUAUUGAGCUGACGAUUUCAUAUCCUGGAUUUUUAUGCAUUCCAUUACAGCCAACCAAAAUGCAACUCAACAUCAAGACAGAGGGACAAGGAAUCUAUACUGAACUCGCAAAGGACAGACCAUCGCACUCCUCGGGGCCAGGUACGAGCUACUACAUGGACCUAAAGCCGACCAAUCCUACAUCAACCGCCGUAGCAACCUCCGACGGCAGGGGAGAUCAUGACUAUGAUACUCCCAAUGUUUCUAAUACCGCAUAUAUGGAUGCAGACAGUAAAGACGGACACAGACCAAACCAUGACUACGUAAGCCCUAGCUCUUCUCCAAAGGGUUCUGAAAGUCAUUAUAUGAAUACCGACGGUAUGGUACUUGAGAGUGAGUCUGAUGGCCAUCAGUCCAUCAACCAUCUUUACACGGGAGGAGAUGGAGAUGAGACUACGACUCACAUCUAUAUGGACAUGAAACCUAUGCAGAUGCCGUCAACUUCUCUCGGUGUGUCUUCCGUGGAAGAUGACACACCGGAUGAAGAAGAAGUUGUGUAUGCCAACACAUGA